AUGUUUCCCCACAAACUGGCCAUCAGUACCAUUUCGCUGGGUCAGCACCCUUCCCAUGCCCUCGAUCGCAAAAUCAAAGCAGCGGCUCUAGCUGGGUAUUCUGGAAUCGAAUUAGUCUUCUCAGACCUCGAAGGGUACUCUCGAACCAACGGACUAUCAAUAUUCAAUGCGGCCAAAAAGAUCAAACAAUUAUGCGAUAGCCUCAAUAUCGAAAUCAUCUCGCUAGCACCCUUUGAAAACUACGAAGGUAACAGAUCCCCGCUGAGUCAACGGUUGCAAACCGCCACUCUCUGGAUCCAAAUAGCCAGAAUAAUUGGGGCGCCUUAUCUUCAGGUACCAUCUCAAUUCAAACCCGAUGCUCUUGGGGACGAAUCUCUUAUUGUUUCGGAAUUGCAACAACUGGCCGAUCUUGGAACUGCCGAGAGCCCGGUUGUUUCUAUCGCAUACGAAGCAUUAUCAUGGGGAACAUACUAUUCAACAUGGGAAUCAACAGUGCCUCUGGCUGAAAACGUUAAUCGAUCCAAUUUCGGACUGUGUUUGGAUACCUUUCAUAUCAUCACGAAGUUGUGGGCCGAUCCAUUUGUUUCGUCGGGCAAGUUUCCGGACGCAGAGAAGGCUCUGCAAGAUACGCUAGAUCGUUUCGUUAAAAGUUGUCCCAUGGACAAAGUCUUUUAUGUCCAGCUAUCUGACGGGGAAAAAUUCGAUCCGCCAUUCUCCAAGGGACACCCGUGGUAUACAGAGGGCGAGGCACACCAAUUUACAUGGUCAAAAUAUGCACGACCAUUCCCUGGUGAAGCCGAUUUGGGGGGGAUACAUGCCAGUCAAUGA